AUGAUGCCUGUAUCAAUAUUUUUAUUAAUUCUAAUAUCAAUUUCAUUAUAUUUUAAUACAUUAUCUCAAGAAAUAAAUAAUAAUAAUACUGAAUUGGUGUUGGCAUCACCAAUAUCAAAAGCAAAAAAGGAAUUAGAAGAGAUAGCCUCAAGACCAGAUUUAUUAUGUAAUAUAGAUUCUGAUUAUGAAUGUAUUUGUCAUCAAUCAUUAGGUGACUUAGAAGGUAAAUAUAUUCCUUGUAAUGAAUUUAUACAGAUUGAAAAUUUACCAACAAUUCAAUUGAAAUUAAAAAAUGCUAAUUUAUCUGCUCGUCUCCAUACAAAUGAACCAUUUGAGGAGUAUUUUAAAAGGAGGAUAGCAGAUAUAUUGACAAGAUAUUGCCAGAAUAAUGCUAAUGAAUGUAUUGGAGUACAGCAGCGUCUUACGAAGGUAGAUUCAAAUGAAAAUUUUAAUAAUGAGAACAUUCUCCUUACUCAGGAUCAAGUAAUUAUUUUAGCUGUAAAUUAUCUUCCCAAUAAAAUAACUCUUGUUGAUUUGGUUAUUGCUAAAAAACCAAAUAUAGGAUCACUUAAUGGGUUAAUGUUAAUGGAUCCAGUUCAGGUAAAAUUUAUCCUAUCUGCUCAAACUACACCAUUAUCUCGUGUACUUGGUGGUAUAAAAAUUGAAGAAGUUAAGACAAAUAAUUUAUCAAGAGUUGCACCACCAAUUAUUUUACAAAAUGAUGAUGAUGAACCAUUACUUCUUCCUGCCUACCUUGAACCAACACAAUCAAUGAAUAUACAUGAUAAUGAAAUGAUAAAACAAAAUGCUGGUAGUAAUUCAACAUUAAAAAUCCUUUUAGUAAUUGUAGGAAGUUUUUUAGCUAUUUGUUAUAUUAUAGCAACAUAUAAAGUUUGUCGUGACCAUCAUCUUAAAAAAAAAGCUAGAGCAAGAGCGGAAGCAACAUUUAUUCCAUCAAGAUCCAAUUCAAUACGUAAUUAUGGAACAUUACCAAGCCAAAAAUCUCAUCAAACUGAUAGUACUUCAACAAAUAAAACUAGUAUAUCACAUUACAAUAGAACAAAUGUAUUUGGUGAUGGUAAUAAUAAUAAAAGUUUACUAUACACAACUACGGCAUCACCAACAACGGCUGGUUGGAGUAAUGGUGAGGAGGAAGGAAAUAUUACUCCUGCAAUAACACCACAUUCAUUUAAAAGAAUGUUUAUGUGUGAUGUUAGUCAAUUACCAAGAGAACCAACAAUUGACUUGGAGUCACAAAUUAUUGAAGAAGAAGAUGAUGAGGAAGCAAGGAAAAUUGAACAUCCAAUGGAUUUUGGUAUACCAAUAAUUCAUCAAGAAGAAGAAGAUAAAGAUGAUAACAAAUUACAAAAUGAAAAAUCUUAUCCAAUGUCAAAUAUUACUCCAGAUCUAAUUGUUGAUAGUGAAUCAUUACAAGAUUAUGAAUUAAGUAAUAUUAUUACAAAUAAUGGUUUUGAACAAAAUAAUUUAAUAACAAUAGUUCCAUCAGAAAGACCAAUCUCAAGAAGGGGAAGUGUAACAUCACCAACAUCAGAUCCACAGGAUCUUGAGACAACAUAUAGUAGAGAAGAAACACCGGCACCAAUAAUGGAAGAAGAAUUAAUCCCUAAACCACCUGUAAUAAUGGAGGAAGAUGAACCAUCAGUUGUAAUUGAAAAUAAUGUAAUAGUAAAUAAUAGUAAACCAAAAAUGAUACCAGUAGUAUCAAUAACAACAGAUGAUGAUUCAAUAAUUGAGGAUGAAUUUGACGAUAGAAAUGAUGCUUUUAAUAAAAUAGUAAAUGCUAAAAAUGAAAUUAUUGAUGAGACAUGGACAAGUGAUGAGGAAGAUGAUAGGGAUAAUACAAAUUUAUAUAAAAUAAUGAGUGAAGAACAUGUUGAAAUGGAGGAGAGUGACAAAUCUGAUGAAGAAGAAGAUAUUGAUGAAACAAAUACUUAUUAUCAAAGAUUACAAGAAAGUCCUACAACUCCAUUUGAAAUAUCAUCACCUAAUAAAAUUGAUAAAGAUAAACAUAUAGUUAAAAAUCAUAUCCAAAAAUAUGGAAUUAUGGAAGAUGAUGAAAAUGGUGAUUUACGUUAG